AGCACUGACAAGCAAGCGUCCCAUCACUAAGCAUACAUUUCAUAGUGGAAUCACAUCGUUAGAAAAGUAACUGCGUACAACAUUUGGGAGCCUUGACCUUGUUUACUCUCAGCUACGCUUCGAGUGCUAAGAGCGGAGACCUGGAGACCGAAUAAAACAUUUUGCAACUUUGUCGCUUAGUGGUUCCAUUUGAAAUUAUAAUUAUACUCCUAUGUGUUUGUUUUUUUUCUUUUUUAAUCCCAUCAACAAUUUGCUGACUGCCUGCGGCUUAAACUUUCGAAGUUAAUUAUUCGUGAACAGUGCUGCAAAAUGUCCAAACGCUACACGAUAUAUCGAUUGUAACGCAGCUAUCGAUUUAUUUAGGUUACUUGUGCAAGCUUGUUGGGGAAAAACCAACUUAGAGUAAUUUUCAUCGAAAUAAAACGAAACAUCCCCCGAGUAACGCAAUUGACGUAAACAGAAUCAAUAAACAAACAAAGCCAAGCGAACACCGCGUUCAGUGUGAAAUAAAUUGUUAACAAUGAAGAAAGUGCUUUUAACGAAAACACAGCACAUACGUGUGACUGCCCCAGAUAUAAUAAAGAAACUUCAAAACCCUCCCGUAACAACAUCAUCGACCGCAGUAAAUAAUGCGUCAAGCAUACGUGGAUUGCAUAUGCCAACGAAUGUAAUCACCAACACGUAUAUGCAACGCAAAUCCUUUCAAUCAAUCUACGAGGAAAUAUUCAAGCUGUUAAUGCGCCUGCCCGACAAGGCCCUGCAGCAGCGCGUUAUCGACGCUAUCAAUGGGCGGAGUGAUAAGUCAGCCGCCGCUAUCUUUGGCCCCCAUAAUCAGUGCAAACAGUGCUCCCUUAAUGAGCAAAAACCCCAAAAAGUGAAUGCGUCAACACAAACUGAAACCGAAACGUUAACAGAGAUUAAACUCUCGGCUCCCCGCGAAAUUCUUGAAGAAAUCGAUGAAACGACAACGGCUGCUAUCGAUGGGAAUAAAGAGACGACAACAGCAGAGAAGGCUAGUGAGGCAACAAGCGUAACGAAACCGCGAAAACGGGGACGAAAGCGCAACACAUGUGUGCCACAGGUCGUCAAGCGAUCGGCGGCCCAAAUGGCCUUGCAGGAGCGCGAAGACAAACAACUGACCCCAUUGCCCCCCGUCAAGAAGAAUAAACUGGAUGAUGUCGUACCCAGUCCAGCUUCAAAAACAUGUGACGUACAACGUCGUGACUCUGAGUUGUCGAAUGGUCUUGGGGAUCUAAAUUUCGUUGAGAUGUGCUUUCAAAUGGAUAAUUACAUCAACAAUGAUAAUGAACGCACAAUUCUAACCAAAAUGGCCAAUGAGCUGGUCGGCGCUCAUAUUAUGUCCGAGGAGGGUUUGCUACCCAUACAUGAUGCAAUUUUAAUCGGCGAUGUUCAUGGCGUACAGCGACAGGUUUUUGUGUGGUCCAAGCUGAAAAAUAUGACUGAUUUCAAUGAUUUAGUGAGUGCCGAUGGCGAGGAUUGCCUUCAGCUGGCAUUGACCAAUGACUGUGAGCCGGAAAUAGUUAAGGUACUGCUCAACGCGGGCGUAUUGCCCAAUUAUAUAUAUGAUGAUUCAAAUACGGCGGUGCACAUAUCGAUUAUCAAUAAUAUACAUUUGGAGUCGUUGCGCGAACUAAUGCUCCAAAUCGACCUGAAUUUACUGCUGCAGACCAACGAUGAUGGCUACACAGCGCUCCACAUUGCCGUGCGACACAAUCGCUAUAAGAUGGCCGAGAUCAUGUGUGACAUCAUCGAUCAGCGGCAGCUGGGCGCACCUAUCUAUAGACGGACCAUAGAUGAAGAUCAGGAAACGAACAACGAGCAGUGCGCCAAAGCUGUCGAGACGAGGGACGAGAAACGAUUUGCGAAAUUCUAUGAGAGAAUCUGCGAUCGAUUGGAGCACAACACGGAGAAACUGCUGAGACGGCAGCUGAAGCAUGAGAUUCUGAAUGCGAGCGAAGCUCGGGCGGGCAACACUAGUCUAUUCUAUGCCGUCGAAGGCGAUCUGGAACAUAUAUGUUACUUCCUAUUGGCCCAUCUGAGUAAUCCCGAUGAGGAGAACCUCAGCGGGCAUAGUCCAAAAACUUAUCAUUAUGAAUUUGCGCGUGUUUUACGCAUCAAUUUAAAAGUAUCUCGCAUCAUGGACAAGGUGGUUGGUAUAUUAAAUGGUAAAACAACAACGAGAUGAAAUAGAUUGUAUAAAAUAUAUUAUAUUUAUUGUU